UAAUACUAAUACUAAAAAGUUAAUUCUGAUCAUUGCAGAAACGUCUUUCCAGCGAAAUGCCUACGGUCUGGCAGGACGCAUCUGUAUGCGCAAUACACUUAGAACGGAAACUUGUGGAAACAAUGUCCCUGAAAGGAAAUAGAUCAUCAGUUUGGGAUGCAAAAAACAAAGCACAAAAAAACCAACGCUUGUUUCGUGGAAUUGAUCUCGAGAACACGGAUUCUCUUACAUGUACAGCAAAAAUAAACAACGCGAAUGAAAUCAUCAUUAGCGGAAAACGCUUGCCUGAUAUAUGGUUGAAAAGACACUUUAAGUACGAGCUUAUCGGCUGCCCCCCUCCGCCACACAUCACUGGAAGCUGAUAAACGUACAUACCU